AUGUCCGCCGCCCCCGUAGCUUCCACCAUGCCUUCCGGCGGAGACGGCCUCCUGGUGUGGAUAGACUGCGAGAUGACCGGCCUCGACCCCACCACCGACGAGAUCCUCGAGAUCCACUGCCAAAUCACCUCCCCGACCCUCGAACCCCUCGACCCCGCCGGCUACACCGCCACCGUCCACGUCCCCGCCGCCCGCCUCGACCGCAUGUCCGAGUGGUGCCGCACCACCCACGCCGCCGCCGCCGGCCUUCUCGCCUACGUCCGCCGCUUCGCCCCGGAACCCCGCUCCGCCCUCCUCGCCGGCAACACCGUCCACAUGGACAAGAUGUUCCUCAUGCAGGAACCCUACCGGCCCGUCAUCGACCACCUGCACUACCGCAUCCUCGAUGUCAGCGCCAUCAAGGAGGCUGCGAAGCGCUGGUGUCCCGCCGACGUCGUGGCUGGCGUGCCCGCCAAAAGGGUGGCCAUCGGGCCAAGGAUGACAUCCUGGAGAGCAUCGAGGAGGCCCGGUAUUACAUGGAGCGUGUGUUUGGCCCGGCAAGCAAAGAGCCAUGACCACAGGUGA